AUCUUCAUACUUUUGUGCAGGUAACCAAACCAUUCUUGGUUUAAAGAAAUACAAAGAAGACAAGUGCCCCUCCACCUCCCCACCUCCUAUCUGUCCUCCUAACACACUCUCUACAUCUACCCUCUUUUGCUCUAAAUAUACACUUCAGCAUUUGGACUUCCCUAGCUUACUUCUUUGUUUUGGUCGUAAAACUGUGUCGUUUAGGUUAACUUCUCCAUGACUAAGAACAGGAGGAUCUUCACCACUGUGCUGAGACUGCUAGCCUUGGCUGCGACUGUUUCUGCCACCAUAGUUAUGGUCACCAGCCACGACUCUACCAACGUCUUGAACUUGACCUUCAAGGCCAAGUACAACCAUUCUCCGGCUUUCACGUACUUUGUGAUAGUGGAGGCAAUUAUAAGUGGAUACAACCUUAUAAUCCUGCUUCUUUCUUCCAAGGGCUCACUUUGGCGCGUGGUUAUCAUUCUAGAUGUGGUUGCAGCUCUUCUUCUUACUUCAAGCAUGUCAGCUGCCUUGGCGAUAGCUCAAGUGGGCAAGAAAGGGAACACUCAUGCUGGUUGGCUGCCAAUUUGUGGACAGGUCUCCAAGUUUUGCAACCAUGUCACUGGAGCUCUUGUUGCUGGCAUCCUUGCAGCAAUGUUUUACUUUGUGCUUAAUCUGUUUACCCUUUACAAUGUUCUUAAUCCUCUAUUUGUGGUAAAACCUAAUUAAUUACCAUGGGAAUUUUGAUGGUUAAUUUCCAUAAUUUUGUUCUUGCUUUCUGCUUAGCUUUUCCUAAUACUGUAAAAAGAUAGUAAAAGUGUAAUAUUGUCCUUGAAUGGCAGUUUGGAAUUACGAAAAAGUCCUUUUCAUAUUUUAUUUUUUCAUGCUAUGUAUGAAGAAAGA